AAAUCCGAUGAUGUGAUGGUGUUGUGCCGCGCCAGACACGGCUACGUAUUCUGUGAGAAGCUUGCGAAAGGUUGCUCGAGGCUGGCCAAAGUCACGAUCUCGAGCUCGCUCUCGGGCUUGACCAUCAACUUCCCCGAAAUUGUCGUCACAUGCAUUCGCGAAGAGCCAUACUUGCCACAACUGGUGGUCGAGUACGGUUUCACUAAAAUCGAGGCAUGGAUGACCUUGUGCAAGAUCACUGUGUGGAAUGGUCCAAUUACCGUGGUACAAAAAGAAUGUGUUGUUAAACAGACUCGACUGCCUGAUGCCAGAAGCCAAUGCAUUAAGAAGUACGGUGCUGACUUCUGUAGCACGUUGAUAACGUCUUGCUUCGAGGUCACCAACACUGAAUUCUUAGGCGAAAAACCAUGCGCCGUAUGCGAACUGCCAGCCAAGGUCUACGUCUGCCUUCAGAAAGGUAUCUUGCUGCCUCAUUGA